AUGGCUUCCCCAUCAACAUCGACACCUGAUGAUUUCAAUAUAUUUUAUGCCCUGCACUUCCUAUCGCGACCCACACGCCCUCCCAGCUCUGAAACUGUGCACCUGGAGCAUUCAAAGGAUUCUAGUGAGGAAUCCAACAAUGAGACAAGCCAACUGUACCAAGGCCUCACUGGCCUGCGUAACUUGGGGAACACUUGCUACAUGAAUGCAGUUUUGCAGUGCCUCUGCAGUAUAUCCCCAUUGGUGGAGUAUUUUCUCUCAGGGAAGUAUGUAACUGCCCUACACAAGGAAAACGGUGAGGUUGCUACUGCCUUUGCCUAUUUGAUGGCCGAUAUGUGGCUGGGAGAGUUUGAGUGCAUCUCACCAGAGGUGUUUCGUUCAGUCAUCGGCGACUUAUGCCCGGCUUUUACCAAGAAGACUCAGCAGGAUGCCCAGGAGUUUCUGAUAUACGUACUGAACGAAUUACAUGAGGCGCUUAAGAAGUCAUGCAAAAGGAGAUGCUAUGGGAACACAUCCACUUCUAGGGAAGAUAGGGGAACUGGCAGUGAAACAUCAAUCAUCACCCAGCUAUUUGAGGGGCAGCUCAGUUAUGACAUUACAUGCCUGGCAUGUCAGACCACCACCGAUAAGAACGAGGUCUUUACAGUUCUCUCUCUUCCCAUUCCUUCUGAGAGUGCCUGCUCUCUACAGGACUGUCUUGAAUGUUUCUUUCAACAAGACACACUGACAUGGAACAAUCAAAUUCACUGCUCCUUCUGUGGAACUAAGCAAGAUGCUGCAGUAAAGGCCAACAUAGGCAAGGCGCCAAAGAUGGUUAUUUUUCACUUAAAGAGGUUUGACUAUCAAGGCAGCUACAAAAGGAAACUGGGGACUAACAUCUACUAUCCACUAAGCAACUUGGAUCUUUCGCCUUAUAUUUAUCCACUCUUUCGGAAGAAUCCAAAAUACAACUUGUGUGCUGUGGUGAACCAUUUUGGUUAUCUGGAUGGUGGCCAUUAUACGGCAUUCUGCAAGCACACGCUCUCCCAGAACUGGUACAGCUUCGAUGACGCACAGGUCAGCGAGAUUCCACAAGCCUCCGUGCAGUCUGCUGCAGCUUAUCUCCUAUUCUACAGCUGUAAAGCCUUCUCUGUACCUACCAAACCCCAUAAGUACUAGGAAAACGUCUCUGUGAGAACAGUCCCAUGAUUAGAAUUCACUGACCAUGGUAGCUAAGUCCUGUUUUGCCAUUAAACUAGUG